CUCGCACGCGCCGGAAUGGCGUCCACGCUCGCGCCUCCUCGGUGGCAUCACCACCCCCUGCCGCCGUCAACCGGGGGCAGCCCCGGCCGCCUCCUCCACCUCUCGCGCUCCGCCGUUCCCGCUCGCCGUAUCCAGCUCCGGCGGGCCUCGACGGUCUCCCCGCGGGCCUUCUUCGGCAACGCCGACCUCGACGGCCUCCUGCGGCGCGCUUGGAGGGGCGCCAACGAGGGGGCCGAGCGGCUCGCCUUCGAGGCGCGGCAGACCGCGAAGCGCCUCGACGUGCAGUACUCGAUCUCGCGGCGCGUCGCGGAGGCCACGCGCGCGGCGCGGGAGCGCGCCGCUGAGAUCGACGCCGAGCUCGGCGUCAGCCGGCGGUGGCGCUCCUUCUCCGUGGACUUCUCCCGCAACUUCCCAAGGUAUCGGAGGGAGCUGAGUGACUUGCUGUCGACUCCUAUCGGGAGAGCUUUGAGUACACUCCUUUUUGUUUGGCUUGCACUGUCGGGGUGGCUCUUUAGGAUUUUCAUUUUCAGUACAUUUGUGCUACCAUUUGCUGCUCCUCUUCUCCUGGGGUCCUUUGCUAACAGGGUUGCUAUUGAGGGAUCAUGCCCAGCAUGUAAAAGACGGUUCGUGGGCUACCGCAACCAAGUAAUCCGGUGCAUGAACUGCCAAAACAUAGUGUGGCAGCCGAACAGCGGGUCCUCUGGAGGUGCUGGCCGCUCAAGAAGCUCAGGGCCUGAUGUAAUCGACGUGGAGUUCGAGGAGAAGUGAUGAACAUGCAUGCUGUUCUUCCACUUCACACGGCUAAUCAGGGGACGCAAGAAAAUGAGAAGACAGUGUUCAGGCCUGGGAUCGGUGUGUGCGUCUGUUUUCUGUUUAGGUGUGUUGUACAUUAUACGCUCAUUACGAGAUGAUGAUGCAUUACUCGGUACGUACAUAAUUGUAUGUUUGCAGUAGUGAGCAGCUGUACUGUAAUUUGUAGGGCAUGCGAAUGCCACUUUCAGUAAUGGAACUUGGAAAGGCAAAACAAAACUCGUGCACAGCAAUCGGCUAAAAGUACUGCUACAGAAUUAUGUGUUCAGUU